AUGCAAUCUCCCUUGAAGGGCUCACAACUUCAAUCCGGCUGGACCGAUUCACACAAAUAUCAAAAUCAAGAUGGACCCAAGACGGUGGAGAGGAAAAGAAGAGGUAGAGGUGUUGACAUAAUAUCUUCAUCACUACCGACCCCUCCAUCUCAAUCAUCAAGUCAUCUCCCCACUCCGGAGACAGUCCGAAGAUCGGCUCGACCUCGGAAACCCCUUCCCCCUUCCACUACUCAACUUCCCACUCCUCAGACUCAACGUACCAAACGACGUCUUUCACCUUCCACCAUCCUCGAAGAGCGGGAAGAAGAAGAGGAGCCCAUACCUUCACCAUCAGGACAUACCACUUUCUUCCUUUCCAACCAGUCCAACGCUUCGUCAUCCUGCAGUCGACCAGAGAAGAUCCGUCGUAGACCUGGCUUGACGUUCGCCCAGCAGAUGGGAUUGCUCAAUACGGGUAAAGGCGUAGGAAUGGGAGGAGGACAUAAAUCAGGAAUACAUAUGCAUGGGAAAGUAGAUCAGAUAGAUGGUGUGGAGAAGGAAAAAGAAAAAGGAAGUUUUGUCAAACAAGAAGAAAAUCCAUUCUUAGUCUCUGGAUCUGGAUUAGGGUUGGGUGCACCUAUACCUAUACCUUCUCCUGGACAGAUAACGAUCCAUCGGUCAUACGGUCCAGGUGGUGAUGAAGAGGGAUUCAAUUCUGAUACAGAAGGUCAACCCUCCUUGGCUUCUCGCAGAUCCCCAAGAUUAGCCUCACCCAUACCUUCAAGUAAGACUCAUCCAACACUGGCUCAAAGUAUCUUACCGACCGGUCUCCUUUCACCUCCACCAACUAGGCAUGCGCCUCGAAUCGCUUCAUCAUCAUCAUCAAAAGCAAAAGGUCUCACUCGUCAGGAGAACGUUCGACGUAAAAAGGAGAUGGAAAUGUUAGAUUACGAAUCGAAUCCAUUCCUUGUAAAACCCGGUGAACCAUCGACACGAAUACCCAAAACGAAAGGACCGAUAGUAGAUGAAGAUUUACCUACUGUUACAUAUGUAUUUAGAGGAUCAAAGAAAGUGUUCGCCAAUCCCUUGUAUCCAAGUAAUACGGUUUUCCCCAGAUCAGAGCUCGAUCCUGAAGAUGAAGAAUUCGAACCAAAUCCUUUACCUAAACCCAAGCUUUUAUGGCCUACUGGACCAUCCUCACUCCCUUCUUCAUCGAAGGUAAGGAAUCCGCGAGAUAGAGAGAGGACACCGUCAAGAUCACCUCCUAGUUCACCUGUGUCGACACCUACGAGAAGUACGAGGUUUGGGAAUUCAAAUCUUAGCUUGUCGGUUGGACCGAAAGGUGAAGCUCAAGAUGAAGGGGAAGGGAUAUAUAGUGAUGAUGAAGGUGAAUUGAUGAUGAGGGAUAUCCGCACUGAAGAACAUGCGGAUACGGAUAAUCAUGGUCAGGCAGAGUUGCAAGACGAAUUACCUAGUAGGAGAGGAUUACUAUUUGGUUGUGGGAUUGGAGGUUCGACAAAUAAGGGAGUGAAGAGGAGGGAUGUAGAUGAGGGUGAUCUUGGUGGAAGAGGGAAGAAAGCUAGAGGUAUAUUGAGAUUGUGA